AUGGGCUUGGAAGAUUACAUCCGUGCAAGAAGCGACCAAUACUAUGCUCCAAGCACAAGAGAUGUCAGGAUACACAGUCCUCAACGACAAAGGACACCUAUAUUCGACAAAUCUUUAAGCGGAAACGGUGUACCGUCUUCAAGGUUCAUGAGGCCGUUAAUGCCCUUUCAAUUUCAAGAAGCGGAAAUUAUUACCGAGCAAUCGCAACAAUACGAGUUACCAGCACAACAACAACCGCAAGAAAAAAGCAUUUUUGAUACUGAUAUUGAGAAUGCAGAUGAUACUACCAUUACGGUGACCAGUCUGGCAGAUAUUGGAUCUCGAGAUCAUGGCGGUCGGGGGAUCUUUGAUCAUGAUGACAUCUCGCAAGAUUGGGAUGCAAGUGUCCUUUCUGAAUCUGAUCAUCAGACAGAUGGCAAUAAUUAUUAUCGGGCUGAGGAUCCGACAAAAGUUGCUUCAGCAGCCUCAAAAUAUCGCAGAAAGACAGUUGUUCCCUUGGCGGCAGCAGAAGAAAUCAGUUAUGCCAAUGGAUACAAGGACAAUGUCCGUCGGGAGCAACUAGACUGGAAUCCAGCAGAGAUACCUCGCUCUGCUACAGCAUCAAGUAACAAAAGAAACUCCAUUGCGAACGUAUCGCGAAUCCCUCGCGCCAAAUCCAGGAUGUCUCUACAGCGCAGCGACAGUGAUCCCGGUCUCCGCUCUGGAAUCACGACUGCAAAGGAACCAACAACCAAUACUAGAACGGUACAAAUACCCUAUCGUACCGGGUAUAGCAGAACGAGCAAUUUUCCUCAAAGCCUAGCUACGACCCCGAAUAAUCGAUUCAAUUUCAAGAGUGAGCGGUCUUAUGAGCGGCUUAUAUCUCAACAGGCGUCUCCCACGAGACGAGUCAGUGGUCCUCGUCCACAGCCUAACUCAAGACAUCAAAGACAAAGACAGGAACAGCAGCGACGAUGUGUACAGACGAGAAAGAAGCAUGAAUCGGCAUCAUCGAGUAGAGUCAAGCGUCUGUUAGAUGAUUCUGAUUUGAGUUUCGACGAUGAGGAAGAUGAACAGGAAACGGAAAACAUUAGUGAAGAUAUCGGCAAUGAAAGUUCUGGUAGCAGCGUCAACGCGCAAUCUUUGACAACGACAGACGUCACGCAGAGGAAAAUAUCAAUAUCAACUACGUCAGAAAGUAUAGACAGGCGCUAUCAGAAACUUACAUCAGAUUAUCCAGACGAGGUCCUCCAACAAAUGGAUUUCUCAGAACUCGAAAAGGAGCCCUUCGACCACAGCCCCACCAGCAGCAGCCCCCUGGAAAAUCAUAGAAAAGGUACAGCAACAACAACACCCAAAAAACUAAAGGCACCCUCCCCUCCCCCUUCCCCCCAUCCACCACCAGAUACAGCAACAACCCCCUCCGAAAAACUAGCCUACAUAAUGAACGCUCUCCCCAACCCCACCGCUCGACACCAAUACAUCUCCACCAUGAAUAUAACCGACUGGGAAUCGCUGGGUGACGAAUUACUCGAUCAGAUGAGUGAGAUGCUCAAAAUGAUUAAGGAGUCUAGACAAGCGCGGCGCAGAACGACGGCUUUGUUUGAGGCGGAGAUUAGGAGGAGGCAUGAUCAGACCAUGAGUGAGACUAGGGAGUUGGAUAGGAAGUUUGGGGAGAUGAAGGAGGGUGGGUUGGGGGUUUUGAGGGCUUUGAAGCCUUGA